GCUCAAAACUAGAGAAACCAAAUAAACUGGUAUUUUGAGUUGUGGCGUAGGCGGGUCCCAAUGACCACGAAUCCCCCCCUACAAAUACCGCUCAUUCCAUCAGCCACUGCCCCUCAUCCUUGAACAAUCAACAAUUAUCAUCAUCUCCUCCUCCAUACAGCUAGCAACUCCCACACAUCAGCCUCUGUUGGAUGCUGUUGUGGCUUUGCUUUGGAGGAAUUGAAGUAUAAUUGUUUAACAUUUGGUGAUGCAAUCACUUAGCAAGAGCCUACGCCUGUCUUCUUCUUUGCGCGAAGAAGUCAUGGGCACCAACAAGCAAGGAAUAGUCUCCAUUCUCGGGUCGGACUGUGAAAGGAACAAAUCCGCAUCACUUCGAAGAACUCUAUCAGCCGAUAUGUCCUCCAAGAAAUGGCUCAUUCAACAUGGAUUCUCGCCAAUUAAGAAAAUUGCUUCCUCCGAAGAGUUCCCGACACUCUCCAUCCAAGAUUCAGAGGAGGAGGAGGAGUGCAAAGAAAACGAAGCGCCAGACCGAAACGACGUCUGGAGUUCAAUUCAAGAAGACAACAAGAGGAACAAAAAUGAAGAGAUGGAAAAACCCGACCAAUUAGAUAUAUGGAGCUCCAUCCUGUCACAGAAGGUUCGAGAAGAUUCGAAAUCGAUUCCACCGCCUUAUGUACAUCCGCUGGUGAAAAGAUCCUUGAGUUCUUUGAGUGAAAAGAGCCUCGAACUGUGCACCGAGAGUCUAGGAUCCGAAACUGGAUCCGACGGGUUCUCCUCUUACCCGCCUUCAGAGACUAGUGGCGUGGAAGACGAAGAACAUGAAGUUGUAUCACAACAAGCAGAGCAGCUAGUGUCACGAGGUUUUGAUCAAGAGUAUCCGCCAGUGCUCAAGUACAAGAAGUCACCACCAAGAUCGCUCCCUCCGCCGAUUACUUCACUCUCUAACCAUGACGGAUCGUCUCUGCACAUGAGGUCGCGCCGCGAUAAUGGCCGUCUAGUUCUUGAAGCUGUCUCUGUUCCGUCACAAAAUAAUUUCCACGCUCAACGGCAGGACGGUCGUCUUGUCCUCACUUUUAUCAAUCACGAGCCUAGCUAUGAAGAAGAGAAGGAGAAUAAUAUGGAAGACCUUGUAGAAGAGUUUGAAGGAAUUGAGGAAGAAGGCAAAGAAAUUGAAGAGGAAGCAGAAAAGGAUGCGAUGGAUCAAGCACCAAAGUUGUCAAGUAGAGUGAUUAAUUUCCACAAGUUAAUAACGAUGAGCAAGCCCAUGGUCUUGGCUACCAAAAGCCCAACGUGGCCCAAAAAGUUCAACGAAAUGGUCAAAUUUGAAGAGGAGGUAGAAGUAGAAAAACCAACUCCACUUGCACAGUCACUCCCACCGCGGCCCCCAGCGGCAGCGGCUCGAAGGAUUCCAGCACCGCCGGCAGCCGUUAAGGCUAAACCAACAACAGCUGCUGCAUCACUGAAUGCUUAUGAGUAUUACUGGAGGCCCAAGACCAUGGCAUCACCUGUUGACAAAAUCAAUGGUCAUGAUCACAUUCUUUCCAAGAUUCCCAUGGAAAUUGAGCAACAAAAGUUGCUAGUCUUGAGAGGUAAGAAAGGCGAUGACUUGGUCCCAUUAUUGAAGGGUUGCAAGGAACCCAGAAGGUCAAUAUUGUUCUGGGAGCCUAAUUGCAUUGCCACCUCCUGAGUCUUGAUUGAUCCUCUCACAGUAUUUUCAAUCCAAAUCCAACCUCACGUCCUCUGUAUUCUACUAUUAUUCUAUAUAUGUCUGGCCACUUUCCACUC